AAAUAACUCGUUUUUGUGCGGUAUAGCACGUCUUUGUGCGGUUGCUCCUCAAAACCGUCUAUAAAUUCUUCAACGAUACAAAAAGAUUACAAAGGAAAAAGGAGAGUUUAGAGAAAGCGAGGGAGAUGGAUUUGGAUCGCUUUCUUCAGCGUUUUAGUGCUUCCGAUCUCAUGAUUGCUGAAGAAUUCCUCAGUACCUGGCUGCCAUUCCUUACCAAGGACCUCUGCGAGGGUUGCGCCGACAUUCUUCGUGGUCGAAUCCGAUCGCUCAAUACAGGACAUGACUCGAAUCGCAGCGACCACCAGGCUGAGGAGGUCGACGUAAACCUGGAGGGAUCAUUCGUAAAUGUAGAGGAUGAACGUUUGGUUUUAACCGGCAGCGUUGAAGAGUUUGCUAGGAGCUCAACAGAUGGCUGCGAUCAUAUCGAAUCUACGGAUUGGGAUACAGACCGAGAGCGGGAAUCGUUCAAAGCGGGCAUGUCUUGGGCUGAUAUUGCUCAACAAGAUGAAAUCGAAAAGAAGGGGAUGAAGAAUAUGGAUGGAUUAGUGGAAGAGGAGAAGGUGGAGGUGAAUCCUACGAAAACCUUGCUAUCCAGAGAGGAUAGAGAGAGAAUCAGAUUUAAAGGCGUGAAAAGGAAGAAGGAUUUUGUUUGCCUUGAGAGGAUAGGUGGAAAGAUAGUGAAUAUUUUGAAGGGUCUUGAAUUGCACACUGGAGUUUUUAGUUCUGCUGAACAGAAGAGAAUUGUGGAUUUUGUUUAUGAUCUGCAAAAGAAAGGGAGGAAUAAUGAACUUGGAGAGUAUACAUAUUCUGAACCAAGAAAGUGGAUGCGUGGUAAAGGGCGGGUGACAAUCCAGUUUGGAUGUUGUUAUAACUAUGCGGGAAAGAAUGGGGUCCCUCCCGGCAUCCUACGUAAUGUAAUUGCUGAUCCAAUUCCAAAUCUAUUCAAGAUUAUGAUAAAGCGGCUGGUUGGUUGGCAUGUGUUGCCUACUUAUUGCGUACCUGACAGUUGCAUUGUUAAUAUCUAUGAACCUGGUGACUGCAUACCGCCUCAUAUUGAUAACCAUGAUUUUGGAAGGCCAUUUUGCACUGUGUCCUUUUUAAGUGAGUGCAAUAUAGUGUUCGGAUCCAACCUAAAAAUUGCUGGGCCGGGUGAAUUCAUUGGAUCAGCUUCAAUUUCCCUUCCAAUUGGAUCUGUACUAGUCUUAAAUGGCAAUGGAGCUGAUAUUGCCAAACAUUGUGUUCCUGCAGUCCCUUGCAAAAGGAUAUCCAUUACUUUCAGAAAAAUGGUUAGAGCUAAGUGGCCGCACAUGUUUAAGCCUGAGCCAGAUUUGCAAAAUAUCAAGCCAUUUGAUUUGAGUAAAGGAAUUGAUUCUCAGCAAGAAAAGAAAGAAUGGAUUCAAACAACGAGGAGGAAGUCAAGUGGAAGAUUUAACAGAGCAAAGAAUAAGCCCCUGCAUUUGGAUGAGGCUGAAGAGGCUCUGGAGCAAUCUUUUCGUCAUGGUUUGAUAAAUGAUGGUGGUUCGCACUCGUGGGUAAUAAGGCAUCCAAUGCAGUAGAUAGCUCAAAUGCAGUAGAGGCAUGUGAACCACUUGAAAGCAACCAAAUAGUGCGGUGAAGAUAUUAAGUUUUUCUGAGCAUUAUUUCAAAUUUGUUCUAUGCUUUAUUUUCUUAGCUUUUUCGUUAUAGAGAGUUUGUCUUGCUUUGUUCUGUGUUGUUAGAUGUCUUGUACAGGUCUUGAUUAUUGGCUUAUGAUUGCGAUACAAUUGUGUUUGGUAAAA